AUGAAGUUCUUCGAUAAGAAGAGAGAUUUGACAUUUCAAGAUGGCGAUCAAAUCGCAGGAGUGGAUGACACGGAACAAGGUUACUUAGAGGAAGCCUUUGAUCAGGACUAUGAGCCUGAAGAUGAAGAUGAACGUGACUUCAACCUACGUGGACAAUUCGAUGAUAUCGAUGACUCCGAAAGAAAUGAGCUCUUGGCAGAUGCAGACAAUGUUGUUGAUGAUAUGCCGGAACUCAUUGUCAGAUUCCAAGGGGAUGAUGACUGUGAAUCAGAUGACGACAAUUUGGGUGAUGAAGGCGAUGAAGAGGAAGAACCUAUUGUGGCCGAUUUGGAUCACCAUCAAGAAAACGUCGAUAGAGGAACCAAUGAUAUUGGAAGCCUCGUUACUGAUCUGGAGGAUCUACAAGAACCGGCAGACGAAGAGAUUGUAUUUGAGCCUGAAAGGCCUCAAGUAGCAAAAGUCACUCGAUCUGGGCAAACGUAUGCGCAAGCUGCAAUGUCAGGGCUGAACCUUUCUCAAGUUCCAAAGAAACCAAGAAAAUGGCCUUCCAGCAGGAGUGGCAGUUCUGCCAAUAAGAACAAGAAUCGAGUUGCGACAAGACGCAAGCAUCAAGAGAGGGAAUUGGAACUGUUGAAGAACAAGUUAAAAUCUGGUAUUCAUACCAAAGAAGGAAGUCGCAGUACUAAAUUUGAUACUGACGAAAGUCUGAACUUCAUUCAACAGUAUUACAUCAAUCAAGGGCUGAAGAAGUUUGGUGAUGAUGGAAAAGAUGCUGUGGAUAAGGAAUUGAGACAAAUGCUUGUGAGAGAUUGUUUUACUCCUGAAUUUGUGAAAGACAUGACCGCGUCUGAGUGA